UGUUAGACAGUGGUUUGUGGCUUAAUUUUAAAGGCGGGACUGCGAGCAGAGCAUCCUGCGCUUGUAUGAGAAUGAGAGAAAGUUGAUGUGGAGGGAGGAAGAAGGAGGGAGACCAUGGUGGCGAUUUUGCUCCGUUAUUCCUACCCAGUGUGAUUCUUAUAGAACACCUGCCAUUAGAUGAUUUAAUUACGGAGUUGGAGGAACUUGAUUCUGCUCUCCGCCAUUGUAGCUCACCAAAAAGAAAAAAAAAAGAUUAAAGCAGUGUGAAAAUGUUUGAAAGAGCAGGAAAGAGGGGAGAGAAAAAAUAAAGAUAGAAAAUUUAAGUUGAGCGGUGCUGUCAGCUUAUGCUUGUUGGUCUCUGCCAUUCUUUAUAGUUUACGAAUCUAGAGGAGUUGCUGUAUUUCCCUUUUAGCACCGGACUCUGUGGCCUUUGUCUCUUGCUGGAGAAACAUCACUCUCUUAUUCCAAGGAGAUGGUUGGAUUCAAUGUCCGUUUAAACCCUAAAAAUCCGACAUUUCUUCUUCGUUGGAAAAUAUAGCACUUCUUUCUCCUUCCCCAUUCUUCAUCCUAUUUAUUGGUUAAAGAUUCCAUCUUUGCAAUGAGUCUCAUCAAACUCCAACUGAUAGCUUAAUCAAUUUUGUAUGGUUUCUGUAAAACUUACAUUUUUAUCGUGGUAUGAGCUUUGAGGAGGUGGUGAGGUCUUAGGGUUGUAAAAAAGAAUUGAAGGUCGGCAAAAUUUUCUACGAAUAUGAAGUACAUGAAGCUUGGAAGCAAGCCUGAUGCCUUCCAGUCUGAUGGGAAAAACAUCAGGUUUGCGGCAACGGAAUUGGAAACAGAUAUUAUUAUCAAUGUGGGUGAUGUGAAGUUUUACCUGCACAGGUUUCAACUACUGUCCAAGAGCCUAAGAUUGCAGAGAUUAACAGCAACCAAUGAUGCAGAAAACAGUGAUGAGAUUGACAUUCAUGAUAUCCCUGGUGGCUCCGCAUCCUUCGAGAUUUGUGCCAAGUUUUGCUACGGCAUGAUAGUCACCCUCAAUGCUUACAACGUGGCUGCAGCUCGCUGUGCCGCCGAACACCUCGAAAUGCAUGAGACUGCCGAGAAAGGGAAUCUGAUAUAUAAGAUAGACGUAUUUCUCAACUCUAGUAUUUUUUGCUGCUGGAAAGACUCAAUCAUAAUGCUCCAAACGACAAAGAUUUUGCAACCUUGGGCAGACGAAUUGAAGAUUGUUAACUCCUGCAUUGACUCCAUAGCUUCUAAGGCUUCCAUGGAUCCUGCAAAAGUCGAAUGGUCUUAUGCUUAUAACAGAAACAAACUUCCAUCAGAGAAUGGUCUUGAUCUGCAUUGGAACGGAGUGGUGAAGCAGCAGUCCGUCCCAAAAGAUUGGUGGGUCGAGGAUCUCUGCGAACUAGAGAUGGAACUCUAUGAACGGGUUAUAAUGACGAUAAAAUCCAGGGGGGGAGUAGAGGGUAGAGUGGUUGGAGAAUCUCUAAAGGCUUAUGCUUGCAGAAAGUUACCUGGUUUCAUUGAGAGUGCGACUCAUGGAGGAGACUUUGCGAAGUGCCGCACUUUACUGGAAGCCAUUGUUUGGUUGCUUCCUCCUGAGAGAGGCUCAGUUUCAUGCAGUUUCAUGCUUAGGUUGCUGAAAGCUGCAAGCUUUAUUGAUUGUGGUGAGAAUUGGAAGAAGGAGCUGAUCAAGAGACUAGGAUGCCAGUUGCAUGAAGCAUCUGUGACUGAUCUAUUAAUUCCCAUUCCGGUAGGAGAGAGCACAUUAUACGACACAGAGAUUGUUCUUCGCAUGGUGGAAGAGUUCUUGUUGCAAGAGCAUGGUGGUUCUCGAGCUAGUUUGAGGACUUCAAAAGAGCUUCAGGAAAGCCCUGGUCUUUCUUCAGAGCCUGGCAGUCCCAGAGUAGCCGUUGCAAAUUUGGUCGAUGGGUACCUUGCGGAGGUUGCCAAAGAUCCUAAUUUGACACUUUCGACGUUUAUCGAACUAGCUGAGAUGGUAUCAGGGGCCUCACGGCUAUCUAAUGAUCAGCUUUAUCAUGCUAUAGAUUCAUUCUUGAAGGAGCAUCCAGACCUCACAAAAAUUGAGAAGAAGAAGAUCUGCAGCCUUCUGGACUGCAGCAAGCUUUCUCAUGAUUCCUGCAUCCAUGCAGUUCAGAACAAUCGUCUCCCUCUAAGAACUGUCGUACAGAUUCUAUAUUAUGAGCAAUCAAAACAGUUUGCUUUAUGUAGCUGUGGGACUAAUCUUUCAUCAGGAAGAGCUUCUUCUCUGGUUCAUCAAGAGAACCGGUCGGCAUCCUAUGGAAGUUCCAGGUCCGCCGCAACGACGAAUACUGAUAAUGAAUUAAAUAUUAUCUCCCUCAAAUCCACAAAGCUCAAUGGCAUAGGAGAGAAUGGUGACAACAAGAGCAAUGAGAAAGUGAAGGGAGCUCUAGUGCCUAAGAGAACAAUGUGCAAGCUGUGGUUGGGGAAGAUGCAGGUAGGUGAGAGCAGUAGCUCGGGGACGCCGAACAGCAUUGGUUCGAUGAACCGUGAUGAGGCAAGAUCGACUCCAUCGAGGAAUUCGAGGCAUUCGGUUUCAUAGCAGAUUGUUAAGAAAAAAGCUUGGGAGGUUAAGGAUUCUUCUUCUUCUUCUUUGAAUUUUGGAGGUGUUGGGCUGAGAGGACUGUGUAGAUAUGGUAUUAAGGAUGUUUUGCUGAUUUGGUGAUGGUAGGGGGUUCAUAUAUUAUGGUUUUCGUGCAAAA